AUGGCCCGACUCAGUACUACGGUUCCACUUCCACUUCAGCAUCACAGCCUCCGUGGCAUCAGACCUAUUUCCCACAGGUUUCAUGGACCCCAGGUAUCAUCGUAUCAGGUCCCGCCUUCGUCGAUGCCGUUUUUUGAGCCGUCGUACGGACAGACAGCAUAUACCACUUCUCUGGGCACACCACCGGCGUCUCAGUUCCAGCAGGCCACACCGACGGCGUCUCAGUUCCGGCAGGCCACACCACCGGCGUCUCCGUUUCAGCAGACCACACCACCGCCGUUUGCUGCAUCAGAUCAGUAUUACCGUCCAGCGCCAUAUACAGAUGCUCAGCCGUUCACGUCUUUCGAUCAGUGUUACCGUCCCACGAUGCCUUCGGAUGAUCAGCCGUCGACGUCACAUUCGCGGCCAUCUUCUUCUCACCAGGCCCAGGAUCCAUCACAGCUACAUUUUACACUAUCAGAGUCAUGGUUAUUCGGUCCGGAGAUCGGUUCAGAGGCGUACGAGGAGCUUUUAUCACGACCGGAUCUCACACCUCCAUCUUUUAGACUUCUACCGCCCACACAGGAGGAGACCGGUACUGCACCACCAGCAGCAGACGUUCAGCAUUCAGCUCAGGACGAGGACGCAUCCGACAGCGGCGAGAGCCCUCCGGUACCCAGACAGUUUCACUCGAUCACAGACAGCUCGCGGCACCGACGAGAGACUCACGGUUUGAGGGUACAGAGACCGAGGACUCGUAGAUAUGAGGAUUAG